UAAUUAAACUCGGUUUACUAUCCUCUAUUCUCUUCCCCUCCAAGGCUCCAAUGGCGCUAAUCCUCUUCUACCCACUAUUCCUGCUCUUACUCCUCUCCUUCUCGCUCUCCCUCCUCUUCUCCAAAUCGAGAUUCAAAUCCAAACUCAAUCCGUCGACUUACUACCCACCGAGCCUCAAACCGUACCCGCUGGUCGGCCACCUCCCGCAGUUCCUGGGGAACCGGCGGCGCAUGGCCGACUGGCUGGCCGAGACGCUCGCCGCCGCCCCGACCAACACCGUCACCUUCCACCGCCCCGGCGGCGUCCGCGGCGUCAUCACCGCCAACCCCGCCAACGUCGAGCACAUCCUCCGCGCCUGCUUCGACAACUACCCGAAGGGCGCCCGCUCCUCCGCCCUGCUCCACGACUUCCUCGGCCGGGGCAUCUUCAACUCCGACGGCGACGCCUGGCGCGCCCAGCGCAAGACCGCCAGCUUCGAGUUCAACACCCGCUCGCUCCGCUCCUUCGUCGUGCGCUGCGUGCGCCGCGAGGUCGCCGCGCGCCUCAUCCCGCUCCUCGACGACGCCGCCGACCGCGGCCGCGUCGUCGACCUGCAGGACGUGCUCGAGCGCUUCGCCUUCGACAACGUCUGCCAGGUGUCCUUCGGCCACGAUCCGGCGUACCUCGACGUCGCGAAUCCGGACUCGGCGACCUGCAGCUUCGCCGAGGCGUUCAGGGACGCCGCCGACCUCAGCGCCGGGCGGUUCCGCUACGCGGUGCCGCGGCUGUGGAGGAUCAAGAAGCUGCUCGGGGUCGGAUCGGAGCGGCGGCUGGGAGAGUCCGUCGCCGCCGUGCACGCGUUCGCGCUCGAGAUCAUCCGGUCGAGGGAGAAGGAGGGCCGCCUCGCCGGGGCCGACGAUCUCCUGUCGCGGUUCGUGGCGAACGAGGAGCGCUACUCCGAGGAGUUCCUCCGCGACAUCGUGAUCAGCUUCCUGCUCGCGGGGCGCGAGACGACGUCGUCGGCGCUCUCCUGGUUCUUCUGGGUCCUGUCGUCGCGGCCGGACGUCGAAAGACGAAUACUCGACGAGCUCAGAUCCGUCGGCGGCGGCGGCGGCGGCUGGGGAGGAGAGCUGUUGGGGUUCGAGGAGCUGCGGGAGAUGCAGUACCUGCACGCGGCGCUGACGGAGGCGAUGCGGCUGUACCCGCCGGUGCCGGUGAAUUCUACGGAGGCGAAGGAGGACGACGUGCUGCCGGACGGGACGGUAGUGCGGAAGGGGUGGUUCGUGUCGUACAACGCGUACGCGAUGGGGCGGAUGGAGGCGGUGUGGGGGGAGGACUGCAGGGAGUAUCGGCCGGAGCGGUGGCUCGACGGCGAGGGGGCGUUUCGGGCGGAGAGCCCUUACAAGUACCCGGUGUUCCACGCGGGGCCGAGGAUGUGCCUGGGGAAGGAGAUGGCGUACAUACAGAUGAAGUCCGUGGCGGCGUGCGUGGUUGGGCGGUACGUCUUCGACGUCGUCGAUGGGAGUUGCCCGGAGAAGGUUUUGUCGCUCACGCUCCGGAUGAAGGACGGGCUGCCGGUGCGGGUCAGGCGCCGGUGCAACGACGGCAGCUCUUGAGACCUGCAGACUGCACGGACCGCCUACACCCACGUCAGCACUAUUUUAGGACUUUUUUCGAAAAUAACUCUGUGAAAGUUCGUAUUUGUCAAACUAAUCCCGUGAAAUUUUUAUUUGUAAAACUAAUCCUCCUUUCGCCACGUGGGCGCCACGUCAGGGAUUU